AUGGCUAAACGCACCAAGAAGGUCAGAAUCGUCAGUAAGUAUGGGACCCAAUAUGGCGCCUCCCUCAGGAAAAUGGUGACGAAAAUUGAAGUCAGACAGCACGCCAAGUACACUUGCUCCUUCUGUGGCAAAAUCAAGAUGAAGAGGCGAGCUGUGGGGAUCUGGCACUGUGGUUCCUGCAUGAAAACAGUCGCUGGUGGUGCCUGGACCUACCACCCCACUUCUGCCAUCACAGUAAAGUCAGCCAGCAGAAGACUGAAGGAAUUGAAAGACCAAUAGAAGCUCCACAGUUUGAA